GUCUAGUUCCGUCGUCUCAUAUUCAGGAAGCAGCCGGUUCCCUACAUACUCCUCCCACAAGGAGCGGUCGCCCCUACUGGGUUGCGCGCUUUCUCCUCCCCUAAACCCCUCGCACACUUUCUCCCGCCCGUCUGUCAAUCACCGCGCUCAGCUGUCCAGUAAGCUGGCCAAGAGGGCUGGGCCGUCAGGGGUGUCGUGUGACGUCCGUGAUCCGCCGGUCGCGGAGCGGGGAGAUGCGUGACGAAGGCGGCGCGUGACGGAGAAGCGGUUAGCCGACGCUGCGGCGGCAGUCCGUGUAAACAAGGCCUCGCGCCGCUGCUGGUCCUGCGACUGCUUCUCGCUGGUGGGUGGUCUCGCGCGUGGCGGUAACCGCAAGCUAUGUGGGAGGUGCUUCUCAGCUUCCUCCCUGCCUGCCCCCGCUUAGCGUACACACCCCCGGAACACCACGUGGGCGUGAGGCAAGGAAGGGGGGGUGUUAGGCCGACUUUUAACCUCAUUGGUUGUUGCUGCCACCGGCUUUCGCAAGGGAGUGCUCUAAUUGGCCGGUAAGGGGGGCGUCGAGGGGGUCUCUGAGUUCUAAGGCUUCUGAUUGGCUAGAUGGGGUAAGCUAAUGAGGCGCCUUCCCUUCCGCGAGGGGUUUUGAUUGGUUCUCCAGAGAGGUUACCUGGGAAUCCACCCCCAUCCCAGGGACUUUGAUAGGAUCGGGAAAGGUUUGUGUUCCAGAAGCUUUGGGAGUUGUUACAGGCUGAGGAAAAGGGAUCUCAAUACUUAGGAAGGGUCGCCCUCCUAGAGAUAGCUACUAUCGAUCUCAGGAAACUCUGGUGUUUCUAGAGCAGGCUUUGCUUUCACCAAACCCAAGGAGGUGACAGGAGGAGUCCCCACACAGGACUUAAGGAUGCUGUGACCAGAAGAUGGGAUCACGGAACAGUAGCAGCGCAGGAACUGGGUCCGGAGACCCCUCCGAGGGCUUGCCCCGAAGAGGGGCUGGCCUGCGUAGGAGUGAGGAGGAGGAAGAGGAGGAUGAAGAUGUGGAUCUGGCCCAGGUACUGGCCUAUCUCCUACGCAGAGGCCAAGUGAGGUUGGUGCAGGGAGGAGGUGCAGCAAAUUUGCAGCUCAUCCAGGCCCUCUCGGACUCAGAGGAAGAGCAUGACAGUGCCUGGGAUGGUCGUCUUGGAGACCGAUACAACCCACCGGUGGAUGCAACCCCUGACACCCGGGAGCUGGAAUGCAGUGAGAUCAAGACACAAGUGGAAUUGGCCACAGGACGGCUGGGACUUAGGCAGGCAGCGCGGGAGCUCAGCUUUCCUCAAAUGCUGCACCAGAGAGAACGGGGCCUCUGCCACCAGGGAAGCUUCUCCCUUGGAGAACGGUCUCGAGUGAUGUCUCACUUCUUGCCCAACGAUCUGGGCUUCACUGAUACCUACUCUCAGAAGGCUUUCUGUGGCAUCUACAGCAAAGAUGGUCAAAUCUUCAUGUCUGCCUGUCAAGACCAGACAAUCCGACUAUAUGACUGCCGGUAUGGCCGCUUUCGUAAAUUCAAGAGCAUCAAAGCCCGGGAUGUCGGCUGGAGUGUCUUGGAUGUGGCCUUCACCCCCGAUGGGAACCAUUUCCUUUACUCCAGCUGGUCUGAUUACAUUCAUAUCUGCAACAUCUACGGGGAGGGAGACACACACACUGCCCUGGAUCUAAGGCCAGAUGAACGUCGCUUCGCUGUCUUUUCCAUCACUGUCUCCUCAGAUGGACGAGAAGUGCUAGGAGGGGCCAAUGAUGGCUGCCUGUACGUCUUUGAUCGAGAACAGAACCGGCGGACCCUUCAGAUUGAGUCCCAUGAGGAUGAUGUGAAUGCGGUGGCCUUUGCUGACGUCAGCUCCCAGAUCCUGUUCUCCGGGGGUGAUGAUGCCAUCUGCAAAGUGUGGGAUCGACGCACAAUGAGGGAGGAUGACCCCAAGCCUGUGGGCGCGCUCGCCGGACACCAGGACGGCAUCACUUUCAUUGACAGUAAGGGUGAUGCCCGAUAUCUCAUCUCCAACUCCAAAGACCAGACCAUCAAGCUCUGGGAUAUCCGCCGUUUUUCUAGCCGGGAAGGCAUGGAAGCCUCUCGCCAGGCUGCCACGCAGCAAAACUGGGACUACCGCUGGCAGCAGGUGCCCAAAAAAGCCUGGCGGAAGCUGAAGCUCCCAGGGGACAGCUCCUUGAUGACCUACCGGGGCCACGGGGUGCUGCACACCCUCAUCCGUUGCCGAUUCUCCCCUACCCACAGCACUGGCCAGCAGUUCAUCUACAGUGGCUGCUCCACUGGCAAAGUGGUCGUGUACGACCUCCUCAGUGGCCACAUCGUGAAGAAGCUGACCAGCCACAAGGCCUGUGUGCGUGACGUCAGCUGGCACCCCUUUGAGGAGAAGAUCGUCAGCAGUUCGUGGGACGGGAAUCUGCGUCUGUGGCAGUAUCGCCAGGCUGAGUACUUCCAGGAUGACAUGCCAGAGUCGGAGGAGCAUCCCAGCACCCCUGCCCCAGUGUCCCGCCCCUCUACAGCCUUUUCCUCGCCCCAGUAGAUUUGACCUCCAGGCCCAGUCAUGGGUGAGCCUCUUCACCAGCUCUCCACCUUCUCCUCCCUUUCUCCCCUAUGGGGGAUCUUUAGGGACUCACUGGCACUGGCUGGGGAGAAACAGAAGCCCAGGCUUUGGGCCCCUAGCUGACCCCUGGGAGAUCCUCCCUUUGGGGUACUGUGGUCCUCUCACAUGCUCACACCCAAUCAUCUUGGACCUCUGUCUCUGGCCGGGGUCUGGCAGGACUGCCAUUAUCUGAUCAGCAGGAGAACUGUCCUAAGUGUUUUUUAAUCAUGUUUGGAUGUUAAGUGUUAGCUCCUAGAGUAGAUGCCUGGGGCCAGGUCUGAACUGUGCCAUCAGCAAGGCCCAUUGCCUAGGCCUUCACUUUGAGGAUUAGACGGGUCAGUCAGAGGGCCAGGAGUGCUGGCCUUUGUUCCAGAGGUCCUAAUGGCUAGAGCUCUAGCCCCUCAGGGAGAGGCGGAUGGAUAAGCACCCUCCCACCGUGGGAAUUAUGUCUUCUCUCUCAUGCAUCUGGGUCUUUGGGGGGAGGGGUACGCUAUGGUGUGAGAGGCUCUGUGUGGCCCCACACAGGGAAGGUCCUCCCCCUCCCAGAAUGUUCCAUCAUGCCAGAGGCCAGCAGCUUCAAGGAGGGAUGUUGAAGUAGGACUCCUUUGUCCUCUUACUGGCUUUGGCUCCCUCAAUAAACUCUGUGGGAACCUGGCUCAGCA